GUAACGCAGCGCUGAUUAGGAUCGCCGCUUCCUCAUAAAAACCAUUCCCAAAUAUCGAGUUUAUUUGUCGCAACUGCGUGUCUCUUCGCCAUCCAUUUUGUCUGUGGAAAUUAAAAUCAAGAGUUAAAGAGAAGCAGUCAAGACCUGAGUCAGGCCACCUGCAGGCGUCCACCUUUGGAACACAAUGCAAAGACUUCUGGCGUUAAAGGACACUUUUUCCAGCUUGGAUGUCUCCCAGCAGCAGCAGAUUCUCAUCGGCUCUGCUGUGGCAGUAUUUGGAAUACUGGCAUACAAGCUGCUCCAACGGAGGAAACCCAAAGUUCUUCCCUUGGGUCAAGGAUGGUGGGGAAAAGGAAAGAAACCACUGUCAGAGGAUGAACAAAUCUAUCCUUUCAAAAUACAAACUUCUGAUGAAGAGAUUGAGGACCUCCAUACACGUCUUGACAGAACCCGCUAUGCAGAUUCCUUGGAAGAAAGCACCUUCCAGUAUGGUUUCAACUCUACUUACCUGAAGAGAGUGGUUUCCUAUUGGAGAAACGAGUUUGACUGGAGAAAGCAGGUGGAUGUUCUCAACAAUUAUCCACACUUCAAAACCAAAAUAGAAGGCUUGGAUGUACACUUUGUUCAUGUGCGUCCACCACCCAGCAAGAAUCAGAAGAUUAUCCCUCUCAUGCUUGUUCAUGGCUGGCCUGGCUCUUUCUAUGAGUUCUACAAGAUUCUGCCACUUCUCACGCAGAACCACAAUGGUUUUGCGUUUGAGGUCAUAUGCCCAUCCAUUCCUGGUUACGGUUAUUCAGAAGCCCCCAACAAGAAAGGAUUUAACACUCUGGCUGCAGCCCGGAUUUUCCUCACACUGAUGGAGCGACUGGGAUUUGACAAGUUCUAUCUGCAGGGAGGAGACUGGGGCUCGCUCAUCACCACCAACAUGGCCCAAAUGAAGCCUGACUGUGUGAAAGGCCUUCACCUAAACAUGGUUAUGGCAGCAAGAGGAUUCAAACAACUAUUGUCCAUCAUCAUUGGUCCCUAUCUGCCCUUUCUGGUGGGCUUAACACGGGAAGAUGUUCGCCGGAUGUUCCCGUUCUUUCAGAAAAAUGUGGUGGAAAUCCUGAAGGAAACAGGCUACAUGCAUAUCCAGGCCACUAAGCCAGACACUGCAGGUUGUGCUGUAAAUGACUCACCAGUUGGCCUGGCUGCCUACAUCCUGGAAAAGUUCUCUACCUGCACUGAUCUGAAGUACAGAGAUUUGGCAGACGGGGGGCUCGAGAGAAAGUUCAGUCUGGAAGACCUCUUGACAAACAUCAUGAUCUACUGGACCACAGGCUCCAUAACGUCUUCAAUGCGCUUCUACAAAGAGAACUUACAGGGUGACCCCUACAGCAGAGAAGAUGCACUGUUGGGCGUUUCCGUGCCUACUGCAGUGGCUGCUUUCCCUAACGAGCUGCUGCACACCCCCAAGUCAUGGGCAGAACCUCGGUACAGCAACAUCUACUCCUACACGUACAUGCAGAGAGGCGGCCACUUCGCUGCCCUUGAAGAGCCCCAGCUGCUCGUUGAUGACAUUGUGGGAUUUGUUAGAAAAGUAGAGAAGCUCUGAAUUCUGUUUCCUCUUGAACCUGAAAAACGGUACACUCAUACAUACCUUUCUAUUAGUUCAAUUAUUUCUUUUCUGCACCACCAAUCUUUUCUUGAAUUGCCUGUUUUUGAUUUGCUAGUGAAGUAUGUGUAGUAGUGAUGCUUACACAUGCCUAUACCUGCUAAACAGAUAAAAGGAACUUAAUUCAUCAAACCUUUCAAGUUCUGAUUCAUUAACAUUGUCACAAACAUAUGAGUUGUUCUGUGUUUAAUUUUCUCACGAACCACUGAUACAAUAAAAUACAUUUUUCUAAA